AUGUUUAUUUCUACUCCAUACUUUUGUUUUAUUUUAGUACCACUACAUGCAAGUUCCAUUGAUAUUCAUCCGAAUGCAAAAUGGGCACAGAAUGGUAUCACUGUUGUUGGAGGAAAUGGACGAGGCAGUAAAAUCAAUCAACUUAAUUCCCCAUUUGGUUUGUACGUCGACGAAGAUCAAACGAUUUAUGUCGCUGAUUGUAGGAAUCACCGUAUUGUGGAAUGGAAAUCUGGUGCAACGAAUGGAAAAGUGGUUGCUGGUGGAAACGGACAAGGACAUGAAGCACAUCAAUUAAAUAACCCAUUUGAUGUGAUUAUCGACAAAGAGAGUGAUAGUCUCAUCAUCAGCGAUUGGGGGAAUAACAGAGUAGUUCGAUGGCCUCGUCGAAAUGGUACUCAUGGAAAAACAAUUAUUUUGAAUAUCGCUUGCGUGGGUUUGACAAUGGACGACAAUGGAUCUCUCUAUGUCGUUGACGUAGGAAAACAUGAAUUGAGACGAUAUAAAAUUGGUGACACUCAAGGAACAGUGGUUGCAGGUGGCAAUGGAAAAGGAAAUCGUCUCGAUCAACUCUCUUAUCCCCAAUACGUAUUUGUCGAUCGAGAUCAUUCAGUUUAUGUGUCUGAUUGGGAAAAUCAUCGUGUAAUGAAAUGGGAAGAACGUGCAAAACAAGGUAUUAUCGUCGCCGGUGGUCAAGGACAAGGAAAUAGUCUCACACAAUUGAAUGAUCCUGAAGGAGUCGUUGUUGAUCAAUUGGGUACUGUCUAUGUCGCCGAUCU